UUGCUAAUAAUAGCAACUGCCAAACGGGGUCGUCUUUUUACGGAGGGGAAUUCCAGGGCAGCGAUUUUGUUAUCCUCUCAAAUAUAGGAAACAAAAUCGAAUCUUUGGGGAAAUACAAAUGUCACACGAAUCAUUUAAGUCAACACCAUUAAUUGACAAAAAAAAAACAAUUAAUUCCCUCAAUUAAUCAAGGCCGAGUGCGAUGUAUGUAUUCACUUGAUUAUUACAAUUUUACAGCACAACCCUAAAAAGAAACGGAAAAAACAAUUCCUCAUACGACACAACAACGACUACGAGGAUUGUCACGUCACCCCCACGCGCCAUAACUCCCGCGUCGGCGUCAGUCGCUACCCUUUUCCUCUCCUUUUCCUUUCCUCCUUCGUCUUCUUCCUCCAGCCUACAGCUACCCUCUCUCCUUUAAUUAUUCUUCUCCCUCCCAACUCGCCAAUCCCGCACCACCUUGACGGACGGUAGCCAUUGUUGACCACCCUUUAUUACACCCUUUUGCUUGCGUGCUCUCCAGACAAAGAAACCCAGAAUCUCUCUCUCUCACGAACUCUUCGGAAACCCAUUCCAGAUCUGUUGCUGACUUGUUUUUUUGCCGGCCAUGGAUGCCGACCAGCGGCGGAAGCGGAAGAGAGCCAACCACGGCGGGACCAGCGCCUUGAAGCUCAUCCUCUCGUUCAGGUCUCUCACUCUCGGCAUCAUAUUGUUCCUCUUCACUCUCUUCUACUUCUCUGGCUCAGAUCGGUCUCCCUUCCGGCCGGUCCUCCGGGUCUCGGGUUUUACCCGGGUCUUCCCCGUCCUCCUCACCCAGGACUACUUCGGCGGCGGCAAGUCGCUUCCUCUGGUUAUCGAGAGCCGGGUUCUGCUCCCCGACCAUCUCCUGCUCGUACUGUCCAACCGCGUCCGCCGAGGGGAGAGCUUGGAGUGCGUCUACUACCACCAGCUCGGAGACGCCGACCUGCUCGACGAGAUGCUCGUGAAACUGGCGAUUUCGGCGGACGAUUACCAGGAGAGCAAGUCGAUUGUGAGGUGCGAGCUCCCGCCUGUGAACUACUCCGCCGUCGUGGAUUUGCGCCGCCCCGGCGGCGAAGUUGUGGAAGGGAACUGGAUGGCUUCUUCGAGGAGGGCGGCGAAUCAGACGGCGGAUGAGGAAAAUUCUGAUUCCGUCCCCGAUUGGGGAAAAGUGGUGUACGAGGCGAUUCUCGAUUGGAAUACUGUGGUGGUGUUGGCGAAAGGGCUGAAUCUGAAGCCGCGGAGGGAAGUCGAUCCGGCCGAAUUCAGGUGCCAUUUCUCGCUGAGCAACAAUUUGAGCAGAGAGGAAAGCUUCGUCUUCACCACCGAAGCCACCGCCGCGGCUCAGGAAGUGGUCCGCUGCUUGCUGCCCAGAAGCAUCCGGAAAAACAACACCGCGCUUGCCGAAGGAAUCCGCGUCACCGUCAGCCACGUCGAAGACUCCGCCGCAUCCCCUGCAGCUCUGCCAUCGGUGGCGAAAGUGUACAACCCGAAAUCCCACGGGAUGAGAGGGGAAGGGGAAGGGAAGUACGAGCUCUGCGCCUGCACGAUGCUGUGGAACCAGGCGUCGGUUUUGAAGGAAUGGGUGAUGUACCACUCGUGGCUGGGAGUGGAGCGGUGGUUCAUCUACGACAACAACAGCGACGACGGGCUACAAGACGUCGCCGACGAGCUCAACUCGCGGAAUCACAAUGUCUCCAGGCACGUCUGGCCGUGGAUCAAAGCGCAGGAGGCAGGGUUCUCGCAUUGUGCUCUGAGAGCAAAGUACGAGUGCAAGUGGGUUGGCUUCUUCGACGUCGACGAGUUCUUCUACUUCCCUCGCUACAGUGGCCAAACCCCCUUGCCAGGGCAGAACUCGCUCCGCGCCUUGGUCUCGAACUACACCGAUUCGCCUACGAUCGCUGAGGUCAGGACAAUGUGCCACAGCUUCGGGCCAUCGGGGCUGACAGAACCGCCGAAGCAAGGUGUGACAGUAGGUUACACUUGCAGGCUGCAGGCUCCUGAAAGGCACAAAUCCUUCGUGCGACCUGACCUUCUUGACAUGACGCUGCUGAACAUUGUGCAUCACUUCAAGUUGAGGGAAGGGUACAAGUCGACGAACGUCGCGGAGGGGACGGCGGUGAUCAACCACUACAAGUACCAGGUGUGGGACACUUUCAAGGCCAAGUUUUUCAGGAGGGUUUCGACCUAUGUGACCAACUGGCAGGACGAUCACAACAAAGGGUCCAAGGACAGGGCGCCCGGGCUGGGGACGGAGGCCGUCGAGCCGCCGGAUUGGCGGCUGAGGUUCUGUGAGGUUUGGGACACCGGUCUCAAGGACUUUGUGCUGGGUUCUUUCGCUGAUGUGGGCACUGGGUUGCUGCCCUGGGAGAGGAGCUCUUCUUCUGCUAGCCGAUGAUCGGAAGUUCACUACAAGUUUUGGAGUGUCUUGUAAAACAAACACACACAGAGCUGUUGACAUAUACCAGCAACCGAUUCUUUUGCUAAAUUGUUUCAAUUAUUUUCCUCAUUCCGCCCUGUUUUGGGGGGCAAAAUCUCUCUGUGCCUGUUCUUCUACUGACAUGCGAAUUUUUACACAGUUAUUAUACAGAUGAUGUAAAGGGUUGGUUUAAACAUAUUGAAAUGAAAUGAUUCUCUCGUUCCUUUUUUUCGUUUUCCCCAUCCUGUAAUGGAUCAGACAAAUGAUAAGGCCGGGAGAAGUUGAAUGUGGGGAUGAACCUUUUGAAAAUUUCGACCGUUGCGAGUGAUUGAAUACAGAUUUGGACAAGGU